GUGGGGGCCGUGGCCUGCCCCGCCUCCACGCUUCCCUCUCUGGGCGCCAGGGGUCGCUCCGCCCCCGCCCCCCCCGCCGCGGCCUCUUAGAGCGGCUCCCGCCGCGUCGCGGCUCACACCACCCGCACUGCCGCUCCGGGAGGGAGGGAAGGAAGGUUAGGGACGCAGAGAGGGAGAGCGCUAGCUGGAGAGAGACGCGGGGCCAGGGCUUCAGCAGGGGCUGGGGCCGCGGCUAGGGUAGAAAGGUGGGUCAAGGCUCGCCAAGAGCCAGAGCGCAAACCUGCGAGGAGGUCGCGUCCGGUGGGCGCCACCCGCAGCGCAGAGCCCCGGACGUCCAGAGCGCGGAGAGUAGUCCCAGCUCCGGCCGGGAGCUAUCCGUCUGGGUAGCCUGGGACCUAGGCGCCGCCAUCCUCGAGAAAGCAGCUGUCCGGAGGGCAGGCAUCCUAGAUCUGUAAGAAACCAGCCGUCCGAGAAGCCACCGAUUUCAGGCGCCUGGGAACGUUAGACUGAACGAGAGGGUAAUAGAGGACCACGGACUCUGAACUGUCGGGAGCUGUCCCUGGUCCAAACAACGGGGGGACCUCCGCCUUGACGGAAGGUUUGGGGAACGGCACCACUGAGGCGGGAGCCCACAGGGGCGGGGGGGCCGGGCGCAGCCGUCGGGGGGAUCCCGACCCAGGCCCGAGCCCGGUCACCGCCUCUGGCGCCCGCGGAAAGCCCCGGGCCUCCGCCACCAUUGCACCCAAGAGUGAGGAGGAUCUGCUGGCCCUGGCCGCGUCGCGGCUGAGCCGCCGCAAGAGGGUGGCGGGCGCGGCCGUCGGGGUGGCCAUGGUGCUGCUGCUGCUGGUGGCCAUUCCGCUGCUAGUGCACAGCUCCCGCGGGCCGGCGCACUACGAGAUGCUGGGUCGCUGCCGCAUGGUGUGCGACCCCCACGGGCCGCGAGGCCCAGGACCCGACGGCGCGCCCGCCUCCGUACCCCCCUUCCCUCAGGGCGCCAAGGGAGAGGUGGGCCGGCGCGGGAAGGCAGGUCUGCGAGGGCCCCCGGGACCACCAGGUCCCAGAGGACCUCCAGGAGAGCCGGGCAGGCCAGGUCCCCCGGGCCCUCCAGGCCCAGGCCCCGGCGGGGUAGCGCCCCCUGCCGGCUACGUGCCUCGAAUUGCCUUCUAUGCUGGCCUGCGGCGGCCACACGAAGGUUACGAAGUGCUGCGCUUCGACGACGUGGUGACCAACGUGGGCAACGCUUACGAGGCAGCCAGUGGCAAGUUCACCUGCCCCAUGCCAGGUGUCUACUUCUUCGCUUACCAUGUGCUUAUGCGCGGCGGUGACGGCACCAGCAUGUGGGCGGACUUGAUGAAGAAUGGACAGGUCCGGGCCAGCGCCAUUGCACAGGACGCGGACCAGAACUACGACUAUGCCAGCAACAGCGUCAUCCUGCACCUGGAUGUGGGAGAUGAAGUCUUCAUCAAGCUGGACGGCGGGAAGGUGCACGGCGGUAACACCAACAAGUACAGCACCUUCUCUGGCUUCAUCAUCUACCCGGACUGAGUCGGGCCCCAUCCCCCGCCACCCCUCCGCUCCCCCCCUCACCCACCUUCAGCUUGCCCCACCCAAGGCGCCACCCCAUCCUUUGAGAGACUGGGGGUGGGACGGGCCCUCCCGCUCCCGGAGGUGGCCUUUAAUGGGCGGACUCUUGGUGCUCCGGGGUAUAACUGAGUGGCUGGGGAGCUGAGGAAACUGGCCGGAGGAGCAGAGCGGCUUGGGAAGGGACCACCAGCAUCCGCGCACAUGCCUGUGAAAGCCGGGCCAGGAGGGGGGCGCAGGUCGUGGCCCUCUCUUCUCUCGGGAGCUAGGAAACAGGUUCACUAACUGCAGCACAGAGGCACGGAAAGCAGAAAACAGAAGGGAAGCCCUGGCUUUGGGGGAGGGAGAGAACAGAAACAGAAGGAGCCCUUCUAGGCGGGAGGAGACAUCAGGGCGGGUAGGCGCUGGUCCUCUGUCAUGACAACUUCUCUGCCAUCCCCUCCUCCCCUCAUCUCCAUUUUCAGGCUUCAGGCUCUAGCCUUGGCAGCCUCCCUGUGAACUGGAGGAACCAGGAAAUUCUUUCCUAGCAUUUAAAACUCAUCCUGCAGUCCCCAUUUCACCCCCAUCGGGGGUUAGGCCCUGGGGCUACAGCUGCUGUUGCCUCUUCCAAUAAAGUGAAGUGGGAGAAUGUGUGUGCCUCUUAACUCGGUGCACAGAGUGGGGGAGAGUGGCUGACCCUUUCCUCACUCCUCUCAAGGACCCCUACCCUAUCACUCUCUGCCAGAGGCAAAGGUUUCAUUAUUCCUGGCAAGGCCUGCCUCUGGGGAAGCCGAGGAGGGGAGUAGCCCAGGGUUUCUACUCUGAUACGGGGAAGGGUAUCAGCUUCAGGAGAGCUUUGAGGCCUUACACUGUAGGGAGACGCCAACCAGAGGGACACUAGCAAGGGAGGAUUCCAGAGGUAUGGGUCUGGUGCUUCUGCUGAUGCAGGGG